GUGCACCUCGCUGCUUCCAGGUUACAUUUUUUUCAUUCCACCGUCAUCCUCGCGCUCUAGCAUCACUCCCUGACAACAGCAGCGAUGGCGGAGCCCGUAGCAUCGGAUGCUGUGGCCACAACGGACGCAGCAGAAGCGACCCCGGGCCUGUCUCCCCCAGCCAGCCCGGGCUCCGAGCCUCCAUCCAUGGCUCUGUCUCCCACAGCGGACGGCUCCCAGCGGCUGCUCUUCUCCCACGACCUGGUCUCCGGGCGGUAUCGCGGCUCAGUCCGGUUUGGCCUCGUACGGAGGAUCCACGGCGAGGAGGAGUUUAUCUCAGACUCGGACCUCGACGAUGACGGAGGGAGUGGAGGAGGAGGAGGUGGAGGAGGACGAGUCCCGUGUGGUUCGGACACUGAGAGCGCUGUGGACAUCCCGAGUCAGCCUCUCUGUAGGGGAUUUGUCCGCGUCCAGUGGUACCCUGAAGGAGGAAAGCAGGACAUCAAGGAGACAAAGCUGAAACUUGAAGAUCGAUCCAUCGUCAUACGAGACAUUGUGCGGAGUAAUUACUCCAAUGACAACCAGUGUGGUAUUGUGACCAACAUUGACAUCGAGUGUGCAGUGAAACUAGUGGGAACGAACUGUGUUCUGUAUCCAGUUAACAGCAAAGACCUGCAGCACAUCUGGUCUUUUAUGUACGGGGACUACAUCGCCUACGAAUUCUGGCUGGGGAAAGUGUACGACCUGACUAAUCACAUCAUCCUCAAGCUCUCCAACGGUGCCAGGUGCUCCAUGAGUGUGGAGGAUGGUGCCAAGCUUUACGACGUCUGUCCACAUGUCAGCGAUUCGGGCCUGUUCUUCGACGAGGCGUACGGUUUCUACCCAGGUCAGGUCCUGAUUGGUCCGGCCAAAGUCUUCUCUAACGUACAGUGGCUGUCGGGGGUCAAACCUGUGCUCAGCAGGAAGUGCAAGUUCAGGGUGGUGGUAGAGGAGGUGAAAGUGGUCGAACUGAAGGUGACGUGGAUCACGAAGAGCUACUGUCCCAAAGGUUUAGACAGCGUGUAUCCACCUCCCUCCACCAUCACACAGGAAAAUCUCUGCUGGGUGAAGCGUCUAGGAUACUACGACCACACCCAGAGGCAGCUGGGAGAGAGGGCACUUUAUGUUUUCCCUGCCAAGGGGGACGCCACCCGCAUCACCUGUGACGGGCCCGAGGGUGCCCCCGUCCUGCCUGAAGACCCUGUGGUCAGAAAGUUGAAAAGAAUGUUCAAGAAGGAUUUGGGAAAGAAGACGGAGAACGCCGACGCACAAGGGGAGCACAGAUCAGAGCAGACAGACUCGUCUCAUCCCAACAACAACAACGGCCCUGUCGGGCCCAUCCAGAACCCUCCGGACUGCCCGUACAGCAACAACCCCUCGGCCGAACACGGGGAGCAGGACGCUGACGACGAGGCUGCAGAAGACACUGACGAUACCAGCUCUCUGACGUCGUCGGCCAGCUCCACAGCCUCCUCUCAGAGCGGCGGCCUGGGAACCAACCGCAAGAAGAGCAUCCCGCUUUCCAUCCGUAACCUGAAGAGGAAGCACAAGAAGAAGAGGACCAAGUUUUCCCGCGAGUUCAAGCCUGGAGACCGGGUCGCAGUGGAAGUUGUGUCGACAAAGACCACAGCUGACGUGAUGUGGAAGGACGGGCGGGUGGAGACGGGGAUCCGAUCAAACGACCUCAUCCCCAUCCAGCACCUCGACAGCCAUGAGUUUUGUCCCGGGGACUUCGUAGUGGACAAACGACCCCAAGACCUCCAGGACCCGGCGGUGUACGGCGUGAUCCAGUCUGGAGACCACAAGGGCAGAACUUGUGUCGUCAAGUGGAUCAAACUCAACUCCACCAGCGACGACGUGGAGGUUUUCGGUAUGGAGGAGGAUGUCAGCGUGUACGACAUCGCAGAUCACCCAGACUUCCACUUCCGCACCACCGACAUCGUCAUCAGAAUAUGGAACUCAGAGAACGAAAGCAACGACUGCGAAAAUGAGACGUCGGUCGGCCAGGUGUCCAGGGUGGACGUGAGCAGCAAAGUGGAGGUGGUGUGGGCGGAUAACUCCAUGACCCUCGUCUUGCCACAGCACCUCUACAACGUGGAGUCUGAGAUCGAGGAGACCGACUACGACUCUGUGGAGGAGACGAGCAGCGUCCUGUCCACCGAGGAGUGGGAGGACGAGAGCGACAGCUGGGAGACGGACAACGGCUUCCCCGCCGAGGACGUCAACAAUGCAGAUGUCACAGAGACGGCGACGCUGACCUCCACCCCCACGGGCUCCACGCCGUUUAUCACCCCCCCUCAAGAGCGCAGCAAAGCUGGGGUCACCACCCCCACUAAAGGAGCCCCCGGAGAGGAGGGAGAAGCCUCUUUGGCUGCUGCUAGUCCUGCUUCUGGAGGAGGAACCACUCCAGGAGCAGUCAAUGGAGCGGAGAAGCCCAGUAAAGAUGGUCCCUCUCGGGGCUUCAGGGAGUUGAAAGAGGCCCUGAAGAUCCUGGAGAGCCUGAAGAACAUGACUGUGGAGCAGCUCUGGACCGGCGGUUUACCAACCUCCCCGACCUCCGUCGAACCCGCCUCCGCAACAAACGUGGCGAGUUCGGUGACGCCCGCGGCCCCGGAGAAACCGACGAAGGAGAAGCGCUUCCUGGACGACAUCAAGAAGUUGCAGGAGAACCUGAGGAAGACGCUGGACAACGUGGCCAUCGUGGAGGAGGAGAAGAUGGAGGCUGUGGUGGAGGCAGAGGGGAGUGGAGGAGCAGGGACAGAGGCAGAGAGAGCUGGAGAGGAAAAGCCCCAGCAGGAGCCGCAGACACCGGUUGGUGGACAAGAGUUGCCCAGUGAGUUUCUCAGCGACACACCAGUUCUGUGCCAACAGAGUGGUGGCAAGCCCGGAGUCACCUUCACCAGUGCCAAGGGAGAGGUGUUCUCUGUGCUGGAGUGGGCUCCAGACACGCACUCAUUUUAUAUACUGGACUUCCAGCCGGCGGAGGCAAAGAAGUUCUUCAGCACAGUGAGGAAAGAAAUGGUUCUACUUGCAACGUCACUGCCGGACGGCAUCAUGGUCAAAACAUUUGAAGAUCGCAUGGACCUGUUCUCAUCUCUGAUCAAAGGGCCGACUCGUACGCCCUACGAGGACGGUCUCUUCCUGUUUGACAUCCAGCUGCCCAACAUCUACCCGUCUGUGCCGCCUCUGUUUCGCUACCUGUCGCAGUGCAGCGGCCGCCUCAAUCCCAACCUCUACGACAACGGCAAGGUCUGCGUCAGCCUGCUGGGCACCUGGAUCGGCAAGGGCACUGAGAGAUGGACCAGCAAGUCCAGCCUUCUGCAAGUCCUCAUCUCCAUACAAGGCCUAAUCCUCGUCAAUGAGCCUUACUAUAACGAGGCUGGCUUCGACAGUGACCGCGGCCUGCAGGAAGGGUACGAGAACAGCCGCUGCUAUAACGAGAUGGCCCUGAUCAAGAUGGUCCAGUCCAUGACGCUGCUCCUCCGGAACCCCGUGGAGGUCUUCAAGCAGGAGAUCCAGGAGCACUUUGUUUCCAACGGCUGGCGGCUCGUCCACCGUCUGGACGCGUGGCUUGAGCUAAACGACGGCGCCGAGAGGGGCCAGGCAGCGCACACGUCCUCCAGGGCUCAACACUCGAGGGACCGACCCUCAUCCGUGGAGCUUCUGGACGAGUGGUGGCCCGUGGUGCCGGCUCACAGCACCCCCUGUAAGCCUAGGGAGGAGGGGGUCACGGGUGCAGGUGUAAGCAGUAUUAUGGAGGAGGUGCUGGAGGAUUCAGGGCUGAGUCCCUCCAUGACAGCGGCCUCUCAGCAGGAGCUGAGCCAGAUUUCGGACUGCGACAUCAUCCAGGGGAGUGCCUCUCUGGGUGGCGAAAACAGAGGGGGCGCCGCAGCCGCUGGCUCUGUAGUGCGCAGCGGGGCAUCAGAAUCGGGUUCGGUCGUGGUUAGCGGAGGAGGGGUGGGCCCCGCGGGAAGCCAGCCGGUGGUGCGACCAAAGAAACGGAGAAAGAGCUACCGCAGUUUCCUCCCAGAGGGCAGCGGCUACCCGGACAUCGGCUUUCCACUCUUCCCGCUCUCCAAGGGGUUUGUGAAGAGCAUUCGAGGUGUGCUGCUGCAGUACCGAGCUGCGCUGGCCGCCGCUGCCAUCCCUGAGCACACGGAGGACAAUGUCUCAGCAGAUGAGUGUGAUGGAUAAAGUGUGGGGGGGGUGGAUCUCACAGGCACUCAACCCACUGGAGCUACGCGGUCACACAGGAACCCUCAUCUGUUCAUGGCAGCAGGUAAACACCCGGACAUUUCUACUGGAGGCUGUCACAAACUCUCUCUCUCUUGGCCUCAGCAGGACUUUGUGGAGGUGGUGUGGAUGGAAAAAGAGGACUGAAUGAGAUGAAAAAUCAGUGCCAUGGACCCUCAUCCACCCUCCUCAUCCACCCAGCCUCCAGCAGCACCCACCAUACUGGUGAGGAUUUCCUGGAUGAACCACUCUGCCGACUCGAUCAGCCUGAGAAAUGUAAAGCAGACUCGUGAUCGUAGCUGCAUUUCGGACGAGGUCAAAGAUGGCUGAAAAACCCAGAAAGCCCAGCUCUCCCAGCUGCGGCUACCUGUAGCACUACUGAUAUACUAUCGCUGUACCAUCCUGCACUACAACAAACGAAUGGACAAUCUGGUCUGGGAGAGGAGAUGGCGUAUAAACACACCGACCAAGAGGAUUCUUUUAAAAUGGAAACCGCUGGUUGUACGCUUUCUGCCAAAAUGUUCUCUGUCAAACACACACACACACACCACACACACAAUAUUCAAGUAGAACGUACUGAAUGUCAGUAAAACUGCCAAACACAACAGCUUCACCACUUCCUCCAUUAUACUGUACUUGCUAGUAUUUUCCUUCGCCAAUCACUCGCACUGAAACACGCAGCCAACACCGAGUGAAAGAGUUUACAUGGGAAUCUCCUCCGGAGGUCGGACUGCUGUAGCGGUUUGGUGUGUAGAGAAGCCAGCCAGGCACAGGACGGCGGUUAGGUGGCGCUACGCUCCAUGUCUAGGCACGCGCGCUCUAGUCGAAGCUUAACACAGCUGCCUCACUUUCUGUAGUAUUUAGCAAAGUUGUUCGAUCAAUAAAAUGGAAAUAAAAAUGCGUUUUAGCUUGUUUUACUCACAGAGGCUGAAGUGUAGGUUUCAGAGCAAAGCUUUACCCACAAUGCUCCACUUUUUUUGUGCCGGAGAUGAACCCACAUCACAUGUGAACGACACAAUUUAUAGGAUAAAUAGAAGAAGAAAAAACAAACCAAACACAUACAGCAUCCAUUCCGUCAUCUCGUGUCAACAUGUUGCCUUACUUGAAUUGUUCUUAAUAAUCUCAGAUCGUUGUGUUCAGAGCUGCUCGUGUCGUGCUUUAGACAUUGAACUACACAGGCCUCGACACACACUGACGACCACUAAAAACCAGAUCCUGUGUUUUCCUCCUCAAUAGUGCAGAUCUCUGAUCAGUUUCCUCUUUUUUCAGUUCCUAAACGUGAGUCUUUCACACUGCAGCAAACGCUGUAUUCAGAUUUAGUUUCCUCUCCAAAUUGCACGUGCAGAGUUUGAUAACAUUAGAACACAAGCUGCUGUUAGUGUGAUACUGAAGGUUUGUUGAUGUUCUAAUUAUAGUUUUUGCUUAAUUAUUAUUUUCUGUUGUUCUGUUUUUUUCCGCUGACUUGAGCGUCGAAUCCCACGAAGGCGACUGCUGACCCCACCGCCGAGAGAAGAUCACGCGCAUUACAGCACGCAGACAAAACCUAAACCGAUACAACUCGUCUGCGAUCUGCUUUCCUUUAUUCAAUCUGGAUGAAAGAAAUCAAGGUUUCACUCACUGAGUUCCGGUGAAACUCUUGCUUUGUCACAGAUUGCGCCGCGAUUAAGUGGAAGAAAGUGAAACUCACCUUUUUGGGUCCAAUCGUGCUUCCUUGGAACUCAGAGCAGUCUUUGUUUACAUCUUUUCAAAUAACUGCAUCCCGCCUUUAACACAAUGCUCUUUUUAUUCUUUCAAGAUAUUACAAUUCUCAUGAUGUUAUUAUUCUUAUGAUUACAAUACAGGUCAGACAAACCCCCUUGUGCUUGCUAUAACCUGUGAAUUCAACAAGAGAGCACUGGCUGUCUGGUAUUUUACUUGAACAAAGAACCUUGAUGCUGAAGAGUGUUUCUGAUUGAGUGAGCACAUUGUGUCGUUGUGAAACCACGAGUGAUGGGAGAGGGUCCAAACCAUGAGCCAAGAGUUGCUGUGUUUUAAAGAGACUUGACGAAAUAAGAAGUCAGGAAUGAGGGUAUUUUGUUUUCGCUCUGUCUUCCUCCCCACCCGCGACUCUCGCUGCUGUUUGUAAAAAUGUAUCUUCACAAUUCUUGGCACUUUGUGUCCUUAAUGGUCUGAAGACGCAAAGACUUAAGGCCUCGGUUACAGAGUUGUGACGUUACUGUUCACCCAUUUGUCGUCGGCCGCAGAAACGGAAAAUGUGAAGCUAUCUCGGUAGAUCUCGAAGCAGGAUAUCAAGCACAUGAUGUACAAUUCUCUCUGUAUGUGUAUAUUAUUCAAAUUGAAACCCUUGUUCCUAUUAUUACUGCGAGACGUUUGUUUUACAGCCAAAGCAUGUAACAUGUUGCUUUAAGCCUUUUGACUGGGCUACACACAAGACUUGACUGUACGAUGUCUACAUUUCCACAGUGGCCUGUUAUUGAUAUACUUAAAAAAAAAGAAGAAAAAAAAACUAAUAAAAGUUAUGAUUUGUAGCUUGAUUCCUUCUGUACAGACGUCAUGACUAUAUUGAAAUGUAUAAAUACAUACAGUAUAUAUUUAACACAAACCCUGACUUGUGACGAGGGGCAUAUGUGUACAAAAUGCUGAGUAUUGUACUUAUGGUUUCUCUUUUUUUAUUGGUUUACUUUUGUUGCAUUAAGACAACUGUAUAGUGAUGUAUUAAACUUUGCAAGCAGUACCAUAGCGA